UAGUUUUCACAGCGACAUCAUGCAGUUCUGCUUAGCGCACUUGUUUACAACCACUCUUUUCAAGGACUACAAUAAUAGGUUUGGCUUAGCAUACCUAGGCAAUACAGGGAGAUCUGGAGGAAUAUGUGCAGGACGAAGUGGAGACAUGUAUCGUAGAACCGGCUGGACGACUUCUAAGUAUGGAAAAGGAUGGAUUCUUGUUGGGUUAAGGCAUAGGAUAACCACCAUUCACGAGCUUGGGCACAACUGGGGUGCUCCACACGAUCCACCAGGCGAAUGUUCUCCUAACGACCAAGAAGGUGGUCGCUACGUCAUGUUCGCGAAUGUAGUACCAGGAACCCACCCCAAUAACUGGCGCUUUUCGCCAUGCAGCAUAGACUAUAUUUCACCUGUGCUGAGAUCGGUAAGCCAGGAAUGCUUUAUAGAAAGUGAUAAAGAUGAAAUUCCAUGCGGCAAUGGAGUCGUUGAUUUUCUAGAAGAAUGCGAUGCAGGUCCAGACGGUCUGGAGGGCAAAGACAAAUGCUGCAGCAGCAUCUGUCUGCUCAGAGAAAACGCUAACUGCAGUGAUUUCAACAGUCAGUGUUGCCGAAACUGCACUACUGCUCCAGCGGGAACCAAAUGUAAAAGAGACCCCGAUAAUCAGUGUAUAGAAAGUUCAAAGUGCGAUGGCUCUGGACUUCUUUGUCCUCAUUCUGUCCCUGUUCCCGAUGGCACUGCUUGCCAAGACAGUCGUGUAUGUUUUGAAGGCAAGUGUCUUUCCUCGUGUGAAGUGCUUGAAAAAAAGAACGGGAGGACCUACAAUCAGUGCCAGUGCCAAGAUGAUAUUAAUGCCUGCAAACACUGUUGUCAGGAGGUCCUUGGCAACGAAAACAAAUGUUUACCAACUGUAACGUCUCUUGGCUUUCGAGAACCCUGCUACAAAGGUUGUAUGCAAUGAACAUAUAAAGUGCGUGCCAAAGGAGGAUGUUCCUUGCGGCAAUGGUAUCUUAGACAAAAACGAAGAAUGCGACGUAGGAGAGAGCGUCGUGAAAAACCAAG